AUGGUGGUGGCAGGAGCUACUAUGGCCGUGCUUCAGAGAGCAUGGACAGCCAGCACCGACUUGUUUCUGGGUUUGCUUCCAGUUCACAUCCUAAUGGUAGUGAUCCUGGUAUCUGGCAUGGCCAUGCUGUGGCGGGUUAGCCGGGCACGGGACGUGUACCUGGUGGACUACGGCUGCUUCCUGGGUGAGCCACGUUACAGGAUCCCCUCGGCGAUGGCCCUGGAGCACGCACGCCUCAUGACCGACCUCAUCGAGGAGGAGAGCGCUGACUUCAUGGCUCGGCUGCAUGAGCGCUCCGGGAUCGGCGAGGAGACGAGCGUGCCCAAUUCUUACCGCUAUAUGCCCCCCAAGCGCGGCGUGGAGGCUUCCCGGGAGGAAGCCGAGCUGGUCAUCUUCUCCGCCGUCGACAAGGUGCUGGCAAGGACGACGGUGAAUCCCGAGGACAUCGACACACUCAUCAUCGCCUGUAGCUUCACCACGCUGACACCGGUGUUCGCCGACGUGGUCGUCAACAAGUACAAGCUCCGCGCGGACGUGCAGAGCGUGAACCUGUCCGGGAUGGGGUGCAGCGGGGCGCUCAUCUGCGUCGGCCUCGCCGAGAAACUCCUGCAGGCUGCACCACCAGGGAAGCACAAGCACGUGCUGAUCAUAGCCACCGAGAUCCUGUCGUCGAUGAUGUACCACGGCACCAAGCGCGAGAUGCUUGUGCCCAAUGUGCUCUUCCGCAUGGGCGCCGCCGCCAUGAUCAUGACCAACUCACCGGAACGCGCGCGGUUCCGGCUCGGUCCGAUCGUGCGCACGCUGACCGCUGCCCGGGACAGCGACUACCGAUGCGCAUUCCAGGAGGAGGACGACAAGGGGAUCACGGGCAUCAACCUCUCCAAGGAACUUCCCGUCGUUGCUGCGAACGCGCUCAAGAGUCACAUUGUCACCUUCUGUCCCCGGGCCCUGCCUGCCUCGGAGCUUCUCCGGGUCGCCUUCUCCCUCGUCAAGCAGUACGUGUUCCCGCUCCCGGGCGCGCGUGGGCGUGCGGAGAAGGGCGCGCGGCCGGCCUUCAACAAGGUGUUCCAGCACCGGUUCGGGAACAAGGGCGGCGGGCGCAGGGUGCUCCAGGAGGUGCAGCAUGGCCUCGGCCUCUCUGACCGUGACAUGGAGGCGUCGCACAUGACGCUGCACCGGUUCGGGAACAUGGCCAGCAGCUCGUUGCUGUACGAGCUGGCCUACAUCGAGGCCAAGGGCCGGAUGACCGAGGGUGACCGGGUGUGCAUGAUCUCCUUCAGCCCCGGCAUAGACUGCAGCAGCGUCGUAUGGGAGUGCAUCAACCCGGCGGCGGCAGAUCCCAACGGACCCUGGGCCGCCUGUAUCCACCGCUACCCUGUGCAGGUCAAGACGACCUAA